AAGGCUUUUGCAGCGAGUGUGUGAAAGAGAAAGAUUAUACUAACGAAGCUUCGUUUCAUUUCAUGGCUUCUUCGUCUUCGCCUUCUUCUUCCAUGUCGCGCGAGGGUCACUACAGAGGGGUCAGAAAGCGACCUUGGGGUCGAUACGCCGCCGAGAUUCGCGACCCGUGGAAGAAAACGCGCGUUUGGCUUGGCACGUUUGACACUCCGGAAGAAGCGGCGCUGGCCUACGACGGUGCUGCCCGUUCCCUCCGUGGUCCUAAGGCAAAAACCAACUUCCCUGCGGCUCCGGUGGCCACCGGAGGUCUGUCCCUCGACCUCAACGCCCCAACCUCUGAUCAUCGCUGGCCUCCCAUUCCCUCCGGUCGCCUCGUGCUGAACGAGCUCCUCCACGUGGGUGUUCUCAAGGACAUGUCUUUUGAUCAUCCUCCGCCUUCUUCCCCUGCAGCACCCAUUGCAAUGGUUCACAACCGGCGUGAUGGUUCUGUACCCGUGGACGGAGGUCAUCGUCAGGUGACGGAGAACUCUCCCACGGCUUCAUUUCUCGGCCUCGUUCGGCGAGGCCUGCCGAUCGACUUGAACGAACCUCCUCCCGUCUGGCCUUGAACGGGCGUUUUGUAUCCUAGGGCAUUUAGACGAUGUCGCUUUUAACUG